AUCCUGUAAUGUUAAAAUCCCCAGCAGUGCCACCUUACACAACAAAACCUCGUUGUGCAGGAGAGAGAUUUCUCUCUCCACUUCCCUCCCCCAUACAAAUACAACUUGGUUUUUUUUGUGCUAAGGAUAUACUUUAUAUUUCUUAAAUAAUGCUUCUAAUUUCCGUCGAUGGUAAAAUGUCCAGCGACAGACAGAGGUCUGACGACGAGAGUCCGAGUACGAGCAGUGGGAGCUCGGAUGCCGACCAGCGUGACAACCCGCAGGAGGAGAGGAAAGAGCCAUCCUCACAGCAACAGCCGAAAAAGAAAGACCCCAAGGUAUCCAGCAAAACAACAGCAAAACUCUCCACCAGCGCUAAAAGAAUUCAAAAGGAACUGGCUGAAAUCACACUGGAUCCGCCCCCGAACUGCAGUGCUGGUCCGAAAGGCGACAAUAUAUAUGAGUGGCGAUCUACCAUAUUAGGUCCUCCUGGUUCAGUUUAUGAAGGAGGAGUUUUUUUUCUGGACAUCACUUUCUCAUCUGAUUAUCCAUUCAAACCACCAAAGGUAACAUUCCGGACCAGAAUCUAUCACUGCAAUAUCAAUAGUCAGGGAGUAAUCUGUCUGGAUAUUCUGAAAGACAACUGGAGUCCAGCUCUGACCAUUUCAAAAGUUUUACUUUCUAUUUGCUCACUUCUGACAGACUGUAACCCAGCGGAUCCUCUAGUUGGGAGCAUAGCAACCCAAUAUUUGACCAACAGAGCAGAACAUGACAGGAUAGCCAGACAGUGGACCAAGAGAUAUGCUACAUAAAUUACAUCGCGUCCUGUGCUGUGAAAAGGAGCAGGAGGCAUUAUUUACAAUGUGCAACAAUUCUUUAUAGCCUUUACAAUACAGACUUCUGUGUAUAUGUUAUACUGAUUCUAAUCUCUGCUUUUAUCUUUUGAAGAAUGGGACAAGACCCUAUAAAAGGUAAAUGCUAUUGAAGUAGAUCUUUGUAGCAGUAGAUUAGUUAUGUUUAAAUGCCUACUUGCAAGUCUGCUUCUUUGGGAUAUGAAAAUGUAUUUUGUGAUGUAAUAAGGAAACUGUUCCUCAAGUCAACCAAAUAUUAUGGUGCAUUUUAGCCUAAUCCAUUAUCUGUAUGAAAUCUAUUAUAGCUGUAGAUUAUUAGAAUUUUGGCAUUCGUAUUAGACUCAGUUCCAUUUCUGAUCAUGUGGUACAUGCUGUUGUGAAUCCGUUUUACCUUUUGUCAAUUUGUAAUGAAGAGAUUUCAUUUAAAACUUUGUAGCUCUAAAUAAUGAGCAUCUGAUGUAUCAUCUCAAAACACAAUAAACUUGUUUCCGAGGUUA